GGUUGGCGGCGGCGGCGGCGGCGGCGGCGGCGGCGGCGGCGGUUGUGGCGGCGCGGGUGGAGGGCGGCCGGGAGGGACCAGCGGCUGAACGGGACCGGCUCUCGCAGGUGGCUGAGGCGGACCGCCGGCCCAGGGGCCGAGCGCCGAGGGCCGGGCGGGCGCGGCCGGGGCAGCUCGGGGCCAGGGCCGGGCCGGCCGGGGGGCGGUGGCGGGGGCGGCCGGCGGGCGGCCGGGGCCGGGGCCGGGACGAUGACUCUGGAGUCCAUGAUGGCGUGUUGCCUGAGCGAUGAGGUGAAGGAGUCCAAGCGGAUCAACGCCGAGAUCGAGAAACAGCUGCGGCGGGACAAGCGCGACGCCCGCCGCGAGCUCAAGCUACUGCUGCUCGGCACGGGCGAGAGCGGGAAGAGCACGUUCAUCAAGCAGAUGCGCAUCAUCCACGGGGCGGGCUACUCGGAGGAGGACAAGCGGGGCUUCACGAAGCUGGUGUACCAGAACAUCUUCACCGCCAUGCAGGCCAUGAUCCGGGCCAUGGAGACCCUGAAGAUCCUCUACAAGUACGAGCAGAACAAGGCCAACGCGCUCCUGAUCCGGGAGGUAGACGUGGAGAAGGUGACCACCUUCGAGCACCGGUACGUGAGUGCCAUCAAGACCCUGUGGAACGACCCCGGCAUCCAGGAGUGCUACGACCGCCGGCGGGAGUACCAGCUCUCGGACUCCGCCAAGUACUACCUGACUGACGUGGACCGCAUCGCCACCUCAGGCUACCUGCCCACCCAGCAGGAUGUGCUGCGAGUGCGCGUGCCCACCACUGGCAUCAUCGAGUACCCCUUCGACCUGGAGAACAUCAUCUUCAGGAUGGUGGACGUGGGGGGCCAGAGGUCCGAGCGGAGGAAGUGGAUCCACUGCUUUGAGAACGUGACGUCCAUCAUGUUCCUCGUGGCCCUCAGCGAGUACGACCAAGUGCUGGUGGAGUCGGACAACGAGAACCGCAUGGAGGAGAGCAAAGCGCUGUUCCGGACCAUCGUCACCUACCCCUGGUUCCAGAACUCGUCCGUCAUCCUCUUCCUCAACAAGAAGGACCUGCUGGAGGACAAGAUCCUCCACUCGCACCUGGUGGACUACUUCCCCGAGUUCGAUGGCCCUCAGCGGGAUGCGCAGGCCGCCCGGGAGUUCAUCCUGAAGAUGUUCGUGGACCUGAACCCCGACAGCGACAAGAUCAUCUAUUCCCACUUCACGUGCGCCACCGACACGGAGAACAUCCGCUUUGUCUUUGCCGCUGUCAAGGACACCAUCCUGCAGCUCAACCUGAAGGAGUACAACCUGGUGUGACCGCGCGGACUCCCGCCGGCCGCCUGCCGGCCGCCAGUCUGCCCCGGGAGUCGGGGGCGUUCAUAUUUUUAAACAAAUGGUUUUUAUUUCACAGUUAUCAGGGGACGUACAUCUUUCUUCCUACACACCUCGUGCACCUUCUCAUCUUUGUCAGUGGCAGAGGCCGCCUUUUUCUGGCCUUGACUCGUGGCUUGCUUUUUUCUAAAAAAAAAAAAAAAAAAAAAGACAAAAAAGGAAAAAGGAAAAAGAAAAAAAAAGAGAACCCACAGAAGACGGGCAGAGAGGAGACCUGGCCCGCAGCGGCAACGGGACACGGCCUCCGGGGACGGCUGUCGGCCUGCUUUCUUCUGAUCUCGGAAGGCGUGGAGACGCAGAGGCUGGGAUUUCUCUUUCUUCCUUGUUUAAGUUAUUGAUGCCCUCACCACUGUUGCCGGGUUUCUGCCCCGGACUCCAAGACGUGGGGGUGGGUGGCGCCCCCCGCUGCCCGCCCUGGGAAGUGCCUAACCAUUUUUUCUUUUUUUUUUUUGA